AUGGGUGGAGUACCAGGAACUGAAGGGACGUUGAUGGGCGGAGUACCUGGAAGUGUAGGGACAGUGAUGGGUGGAGUACCAGGAAUUGUUGGGACGUUGAUGGGCGGAGUACCUGGGAGUGUAGGGACAGUGAUGGGUGGAGUACCAGGAAUUGUUGGGACGUUGAUGGGCGGAGUAUCUGGGAGUGUAGGGACAGUGAUGGGUGGAGUACCAGGAAUUGUUGGGACGUUGAUGGGUGGAGUACCUGGGAGUGUAGGGACGGUGAUGGGUGGAGUACCAGGAACUGAAGGGACGUUGAUGGGCGGAGUACCUGGGAGUGUAGGGACAGUGAUGGGUGGAGUACCGGGAAUUGUUGGGAUGUUGAUGGGUGGAGUACCUGGGAGUGUAGGGACGGUGAUGGGUGGAGUACCAGGAACUGAAGGGACGUUGAUGGGCGGAGUACCUGGGAGUGUAGGGACAGUGAUGGGUGGAGUACCAGGAAUUGUUGGGACGUUGAUGGGUGGAGUACCUGGGAGUGUAGGGACAGUGGUGGGUGGAGUACGGGGUAUGGUGAGGGGUGGAAAACCGGGGAUGAUGAUGGUGAUAUUUGGAAAUGAAAUUAGUGAAGAUUGUUGGAGAUGA